UAUAAUAUGAGGAAAACUGUCUUCAUCAUUUUGCUUUUUUCUGGACUUGAAGCUGUAAAAGGUAGAGGAAAAAGCGACGUGAUUGAUGGGAUAACGGUGGAAAACUGCGGCAAAAGCCAAUUAUUCCCACAUGGCAGUGGUACAAAUCGUAUAAUUGGUGGAAAUCCUACAAAUCCUGGGCAGUAUCCAUGGAUGGUUUCCUUGCAACUGGAAGCUGGGGAAAGUUCGUACCAUAUCUGCGGAGCAGCCAUUCUGAAUGAAAAUUGGAUUGUAACAGCUGCACACUGCAUUGAUACGGUCUAUGUCGGACGUCCAGAGACCUACUUCAUAUACGCUGGAUUACAUAGAUUGUCAACAGCCAAUGCGCAUACCGUCAGACGUUAUGAGCUCUCGCAGAUUAUCCUCCAUGAAGAUUACAAAGAUGACGACUCUUAUUUGAAUGACAUUGCUUUGUUGAAAACCAAGCAACCAAUUGACAUUGCUCGCUCAAAUGGAUACUUUAACGGUAUAUGCCUUCCUACGGAUACUAAAGAUCCUGAUGGAAAUGCAAUUGUGAUUGGCUGGGGCCAUACUAUGACCGACGGUGCGAACUCAGAUGUUCUUUUGGAAGUGACAGUACCUCUUGUUCCACGAGAUCUGUGCAAUUCAGCUUAUGAUGAAGAUCCUUACGAUGGUUUCGAUGCAGUUACCGAAACUAUGAUUUGUGCCGGCUCGAGGGGAAAAGAUUCCUGCCAGAAUGAUUCCGGGGGUCCCUUGUUUCAAAUUGUUGAUGGUGUCGCUACUCUAAUCGGCAUCGUUUCCCAUGGUGCCGGAUGCGGCACAAUGUAUUAUCCUGGCGUCUAUACCAAAGUAGCUUCUUUCGUCGAUUGGAUAUCCAAAGCGACGAACUGAGUUCUAUACUACUCAUUCGUGUUUUCUGCCAUCAUGUAUAAAAUAUAUAUACCGAAUAAAUCGUCUCAAACAUUA